GCCUUUGCUGCGUGUCACGAAUCUUGCACACAUGUGCACGGCCUUGACGAGUCGCAGAAGAGCUCGCCAUGCCGGCUGGAACCACAGCCUUAGACCUCGUCCAGGGUAUCACUGAGUACAGCAGCCGCAUCGCGCUGAAGAUGCUGUUCACUCAGUUUGGCGAGGUGACUGCGUGUUGGAUACCUCCCUUGGAGCAUCGCACCAACGAGCGAGCGUACGUCAAGUUCGGCACCACCAAGGCAGCCCAGGCCGCCUGGGAGGCCUCGCAAGCCGGGCAGCUCUUCCUCGAUGGGGUCGCCUUGAGGGCGGAGUGGCGUAUGGCGCCUGCGAGGACACAGGACAGCCGAGACUUCGAAGCGCGGGGCAGCAAUCUCAUGACGUCGCGUGACCUGAUGCGGGCUCAGAUGCGCGGCGGCGGCGGUGGCGGCGGUGGCGGCCGGGAUGAGCGCGGUGGCAAGGGCAAGGGCGGGCGCCGGGAUCUCGACGGCGGCGGCUCUCGCGCGCUGAUGAUGGAUCGGGUGCCCCGCAGGAACGAUGACCGCUCCGAGCGAGAUAGGGAUAAGAAGAAGGAAAGAGAAAGAAGCCGGGAGAAGGAUCGGUAUGGGCUGGGCUUCGAUCUGUUCAAGAAACAGGUCUAUGCCUUCAUUUGCUUCAGGCGACAGAAUUGGAAGCGGAAGAGCCGGAGCCGCAGCCGGAAGCGCCGGGACCGCUCCGCCAGCAAGCGCGAGGAACCCAAAGCGCUGCAGGACGCGCCGGUGGCCGUCGACGAGGAGGAGGUUACGACGGCAAUCAUCUAGCCACCCGACGGUUCACCCGAACAAGGUUGACCCCAGAUUG